AUGUUUCCCGCUCCCCCCUCCUUCCACGACGCCCAGCCUAACCAGCCUCUUCCUCUCCCUAACCGCCAGGGACCCCAAACAGGCGCCGUGUCCGCCCAGCAACAAGCUCUCGCUCAAGCGCAGCUCUACCAGCAGCAGCAGCAGCAACAGCAGCAGCAGCAACAGCAGCAACAGCAACAGCAGCAGCAGCAACAACACCAACAAGCGCUUCUCCUCAUGAACGGCGUCAACGGGGGAGGCAAUGCGCCCAACGGCAUCGGCGUGGCCACCCCGGCCGGCCAGCAGGCCGAACUCAACUACAUCUAUGGCCUCGUCGAAGAGCUGAGCAGGCAGCUUGCCGAGAACCGCCGCGCCACAGAAGAGAUCGUGUCCGGCCUUGGUCGCGUGCGCAGCCGGGCCCGCAUCCAGGGGCUGAGCAACGAGGAGCUCAUCAACGUCGCCGCCGAGGACAUCAACGCCCAGGAACAAAACAUCGACACGCUCAUCUCCCUCCUCUCGGAAUCGCUCGACAAGGCAAAGUACAGCCGCGACGCCAACGCCCAGCUCCUGACGCAGUACGCAACCGCCCUGGCGUCCAUGCUCAAGCAGUUCCACGAGUACAAAGCCAAGCACGUCGCCGACGUGUCGUCAUGGCACCGCUCCUACCGGUCGCAGCUCGCCGAGGCGCGCGCCGAGAACAGCAAGCUGCGUGAGCAAAUCUGGGAGAUGCAGGACCGCGCCGGCAAGGCCAACGGCCUGCUGCGCGAGUUUCGGCGAACCUACGACGAGGACGCCGAGCGGUGGGACCGCCGCGUCGGCGACACGGCGGCGCGUCAGGAGCUGCGCUUCUGGAAGCGCAUGGCCAUGCCCGACUUGCCCGACGAUGACCCGUACUGGAGCGACGAUGAUGACAUUGUCGACCCCGCCGAGAAGGAGCGUUUGCAGGACGUGGAGCGCAAAAACGAGCAGGAUCAGCUCGCGGGAAGCCAGAUGGAGACCGACGACGAGGGCCAGCAGAUGCAGAUGCAUCACCUGCAGGGAGACAACGCCGGCGUAGGCGGCGUGGCCAUGCAGCGCGAUUCGGGCAUCUCGGCGGGCAUCCCGACGAACCCUUCGCGGCCUUCGAGCAUUGCAUCGAGCACGGGGUCUUCGGGGCAGUAG